AUUUAAAGUAGUGACGUGUGUAAUUGUCAACUUGUCAAAAAUGAAGUGAAAUAGAAUCAAUAAACGAAAAGUGUACAACAAUGGAGUAUUUUCGCAGCGGAUUGAAAACUGUGUUGGGGGCACCGACACCCGGUACUCAACCGACCGGCCCUGAAACGGUGGAACGGUUGGUCAGUAGAGUUAGUACAUCCACGUUACUGGAAGAUAGGCGAGAUGCUUGCAGAGCACUUAAGGCUUUGUCCAAGAAAUACAGGCUCGAAGUUGGAGCACAAGGAAUGGAUGUCCUGCGCCAAGUAUUGGAACUGGACAGGACCGAUUGCGAGAUAAUCGGAUACUGUUUGGACACGUUGUGCAACAUAACAUCAAAAGAGGUGUUCGAAGAGGAGGGUGAAACAAACAUUAACAUGAACGUAAACGUUGGCGAACAGUUUACCGAAAUGUUUCUGAAAAAUCCCGAUAAUGUCAGUCUUGUCCUUGGAUUCUUGGAAGAGUAUGAUUUUAGAGUCAGAUGGCCUGCUGUUAAAUUAUUAACAUCACUUUUGGCCAACAAGCCAAAGGAAAUUCAAGACAUCAUCCUGGUGAGUCCUAUGGGCGUGUCAAAACUCAUGGAUUUGCUGCUAGAAAGUAGGGAAAUUAUACGAAACGACGCGCUACUCCUUUUAAUUAACCUGACCAAAUCUAAUGCCAACAUCCAAAAGAUCGUCGCGUUCGAAAACGCCUUUGACCGACUUUUUGACGUCAUAAAGGACGAGGGUUAUACAGAUGGAGGAAUUGUAGUGGAAGAUUGUCUGUUGCUUAUGUUAAAUCUGCUAAAAAAUAAUACAAGCAACAUCAACUUCUUCAAAGAAGGUUCAUAUAUUCAGAAAUUGUCACCAAUGUUUGUCCUGCCAAGCAACAUUGAAGACAUUGGUUGGAGUCCACAAAAAGCUUCUAACAUGCACUGUGUCUUGCAACUUGUCAGAACUCUGGUGUCGCCAAAUAAUCCGGUACAAAUAAUCACUGCAUGUCAGAAAACUAUGAGGAACACUAAUUUGCUGGAGGCACUUAGUGGCAUUUUAAUGGCUAGUGGGGUACCAGCGGAUAUUUUAACUGAAACCAUUAAUACUGUUGGUGAAGUUAUUAGAGGAAACUUAACCAACCAAGAAUAUUUUGCGAAUGUGAUGGCGCCGUCGAAUCCACCCCGACCCGCCAUAGUGGUGCUGCUCAUGUCAAUGGUGAACGAGAAACAGCCCUUCCAGCUGCGUUGCGCCGUUCUCUACUGCUUCGAAUGUUUUCUGUUCAAAAACGAAAUAGGCCAGGAGCAGGUUGUGCAAACUUUGUUGCCCAGCACCGCAGGAACCACGACCCUAACAACCGGACAGUUACUGUGCAGUGGGAUAUUCAGUCCGGAUUCUUUGAGCAACUGGUUUUCGGCGGUCGCGCUUUCGCACACACUAAUCGAGAAUCCGGCGCAAAAAGAGCAACUUUUAAGGGUUUUAUUGGCGACGAAUUUGGGAGCACAACCUGUGAGUCUUUUACACCAAUGCGCCGUUUAUCUUCAGCACACAUCUAAACUUCAGUCAAAAAUUGGAAUGUUGAUGCUGCUGGCGAUGUGGAUGGCACAUUGUCCUCCAGCGGUCAAUGUUUUCCUGAAUGUUCCCGGUGCCAUGGCGUUUUUAACAGCCCAAACUUCAGCGAGUGAAUAUGACAAUAACGAAGAGCUUCUUCAAGGUCUCUGUGCUUUUAUAAUGGGUUUGUGUGUGGCGUUCAACGACAAUUCCGUGCAGAAUUACUCGAAAACGAAUCUGUCUCAGUUGAUUGAGAAACGAGUGGGUAUCGAAACGUACUGCAACAAAUUAGGGGAGAUCUCUAGACACGAGGUUUAUGCUAAGGCUGCAAAACAACCUCAAAUCAAAGCUAAACAUUCCAGUGAGUUGUUGUUGGAAUUUGAAUUCUGUAAAUUGUUCAAGGCACACGAAGGCGUUAUUAUACAAGCACUCGGUGUGCAAAGAGAUUUGUCAAAUGGAUUUUCGGAAUUGAGUCUUAGUGAACAUGAAAACGCUCUCCUUCUACAAUACAAAGAACUAAUCAGAAGUCAAGACAAGAAACUACAAGAUCUCCAAAAAGAAAUCAACACCUUGAAACGAGAAAAUAAAACCUUAGAGACACAAUUAGAAGAGGUGCAACAAUCAAAUUCACAACUGGCGGAUCAAAACACUCUUUUAAAAGCUCAGUUGUCUGCCGGAGCAAGUAUUACGAGCAACGUAGAACCAGUAGUGGCACCACUACAAAAUUACGUGAUAGAAGCACCGCCUCCUCCCGUUCAACCUGAUCCUGGUUUAUUGGAAAAAAUUGCGAAACUGGAGGCGGAAAAUGUCGAGAAGGAAAGCGAAUUGGAGCGGCUAAGGAAAGACCAAGAUGAUCUUUUGGAAGUGCUGACUGAUCAGGACGUAAAACUGAAAAGUUUCAAGUGUAGAUUGAAGGAACUGGGUGAAGAUAUCGAGGAUUCGGAUAACAAUUCCGGGGACUCGGACAAUGAUUAGUCAUUAUUUUUAAGUGCAAUUUUUUUUUAUGUAAUUAUACGCCUAUAUUUUAUAAUUAAUAAAAGUGUUAUUUAUUUGCAAACAAUUA